AGUUUGGUCACUUCCGGUUGUUAACAUUAGAUAGGUACUACCAAUUUUAGAAUUUUACACAUCUGUUAUUUUGAUUUUUAAAUUGAUAUCCAAUUCGGAAAGAGAGGAAUCGAUAUAUACCGAAACUAAGUACGUAAUUAUCGUUGAAAUUCUUUAAGAUAAAUUAUAGUUUGUGAUUAGACAGGGUGCGGUACAAAAUCGUAAAACAAUAAAAAUCUAACAUCAUAUUCACGUAUUGGAAAGAUGGCCAUCGCCUUCUAAAAGAAGAAAAAUGAAAAACGGAAAAGUAGAGAGAGAAGUUAUAUCCACGUUAUCCAGCUAUAUACCCAAAUUCUCAGAUAUCUUCGACGAAGAAACAUUUUACAUUUUUGCUGCUUGUUUGACAAUUACAUCCCUAGUAGCUGCAUUCAUAGCAUCAAGAUACAUUCGUAUCAAAGAUGCAGGCCAUGUAGAUUAAGAGAUAAUCUUCAAAUGGCAGAGAGGGCGUGUGGAGCCUGCCUUAGCGCUUGCGUUCGUUGCGCAACUUACACGCAUGAUCGAAUUAUGGCGUGGAAAUGGAGUAAUGAUUCCACGUCUUUAUCUGAUACAGUCAUAGGAUAUAAAUCAAAUUCAUCGGCUGUGACAGAAUCACUUCAUAUUGCUAUUGAAAAGCGUUCUAUUAUAGAUAUCCGGCGGAUUUUAGACAAUAUAGAAGAUUGUCGGCUGGAGAGAAACUACGCUGAAGAAACCCCCGUUCAAGUAGCCUGCAAAUUUGGAUAUGAGGAAGGUUUGGUGGAACUUCUCGAUGGUGGCUGUGCCACCGAUGUUGUGAAUUCGAAUGGAUCUCCUAUGCAUUACGUUUUAGAUGCCCUUAGAUCCCGUCAAAUUGAUGACUUCAAAGCGGUUCGCAUGUUGAAAUUACUUUAUCAUUAUGGUUGUAACGUAGAUUCCCUGGACUCCAAGUCUAGAACAGCUUUAUUUCUGGCUUGUGAGUUAGGAAGUAGAGUUUGUUCAAAAGCCCUUAUCGAAAUGGGGUGUGGAUUAAACGUUUCCGAUAGAACAAAUGAGUUCACCCCAUUAUAUAUGUGCUCUAUAAAAGCAGAUUACGAAGGGGUUAAAAUUCUCUUAGACCACGGUGCUGUCGUAGAUAAAAAGGAUAGCGCUGGUAGAACGCCAUUGAUGGCUACUUUAAUAACGAUUGGUAAAAGUCAACAAGAUUUUGCGAUAUCUAACGAGAAAUUUCUUACGGAUUUUCGAAAGCGGAUAAGUGUGUUUGAGUAUCUCUUACAGGCUGGAACUAAUGUCGACGAAACGGAUAGACUUAAUAGAACGCCUUUGUCAAUAGCAAUUGGUUUGGUUCACGUAGAAGUCAUAAGAAAAGCCUUCUCAUCUCAUGUCACGUCCUUUUUACAAACUGGUGGAGGCAUCAUGCCUCUUAAUGUAGAGGCAGCUAACCUUUUGGAUAAAUGUUUUAAAAGUGGUAUAGGUAAAGAAGAACCAUUGUUAUCAAGUUUAGUACGGUCUCUAAAAAUCUACGGAGCUCAAUUGAAAGACGAUCUCCCUCAUCUAGAAUUUGCACCUUCUUGGUUAUUCAAUUUAUACGAAUUUUGUUCUCAGAAUCGCCAAAUUAAAAAGCCGUUCAUUUUAAUGUUCUUCUGCAGACAAAUUAUCAGAAAAACAAUGGCACUACAUGGUAAUUUGGGACUCGAAACACAGCUACCUUUACCGGAAAGGUUAAUAGCUUAUGUUCAAUAG